AGACACGGUCCGCCACGAAAUUGCCAUUGUAAAUGGUGAAGUUAUCGAAGUUGAUUCUGAUGACGACGACGACGACGACGAAGCGGAUCCAUCAAUCACUCGUCAAAAUAUUCUCGAUUUGUGCCAGCAGCUUGAAGUUGGAUGCAUGCAAUAUGGUGAUCCUCAAUUUUCACUUGAUUUAUCAUCACAACUUCUUAAGUUUCGCGCGAACCUACGACGCGAAGAACUACUUAAUGCUAGACAAACUUCUUUAGAACGAUUCUUCUCGGUAUAAUACAUGUACUUCUGUAGGAC